AUGCCUAUCUCCAACCAUGGCAACACACCACUCGCACCAAUGGCCAAACAAGACUCUGACGAUGAAAGCGAUGCGGCAUCCAUUGGAGGUCAGCGGAAUACCAUGACCUCUACUCAACUCAGGAUCGCAAUUCCAGCAUUGUCGGUCUGUCUAUUUGUCUCCUUCAUCGACCAAACUAGUGUUUCAACCGCAACGCCUGCAAUAGCUGUUGAUCUAAAUACUGGAACUGCAACCUCGUGGAUUGGCACAUCGUUUCUGAUAGCCUCAACAGCCUUCCAACUCAUCAACGGUCGGCUUUCGGAUAUAUUCGGUCGGAAAAACCUACUUCUCGUUAGCCUCAUGCUCAUGGCUUUGGGAGAUCUCGGCUGCGGUUUCGCAAAAACGGCUGUACAGCUUUUCGUACUCCGUGCCAUUGCGGGCAUUGGCGGUGGCGGCAUUAAUAGUUUGGUUAUGAUCAUCGUUAGUGACAUUACCACCUUACAGAAUCGUGGCAAGUAUCAAGGUUGGCUGGGUGCAGUUAUCGCUCUGGGAAAUGGCGCUGGUCCGUUCCUCGGUGGUGCUAUAGUCGAAGGAGCCACAUGGAGAUGGGUGUUCUGGAUCAUACCCAUCUUGACAAUACCCACAUCUUUGAUCAUCUUGUUCUUCUUGCCUUUGAAGCAUCGAUCCGGCGGCUAUCUCGAAAAGAUCAGGAAAAUCGAUUAUGGUGGCAUGGUGCUAAACAUCGCAUCGACGCUCCUCUUAUUGAUACCCUUGUCCGGAGGUGGUGUUACUUACGCCUGGGCCUCUCCAUUUUUCAUUGCCUGCACUGUGAUCGGCGCUGUGUUGGCAAUUCUGUUUGUCCUCUACGAAUGGAAGUUUGUGGCUCUCCCAAUCAUGCCACUUCGCCUCUAUCGCGCCCCUCAUGCCUGGGCACUCUAUUUGCAAACCUUCCUCAUCGGGCUCGCAUAUUUUGGAAAUUUCUUCUACCUCCCAAUUUACUUCCAAUCAGUCCUACGGUACUCACCUUUAGUAUCUGGUGCCUUAAUUCUACCAGUGGUCAUCACCACUUCUCUGACAUCCAUCGCGUCUGGCCAGUACAUGAACCGAGUCGGCAGUUACAUGCAUUGCGUCCUCGUUGGAUUUACGCUUUGGACUCUUGGGAAUGGGCUCACGCUACUUUUUGAUCGGAACACCAGCCUGGCAGUGCUCAUUGUUGCGCUCAUUCUGGAAGGUGCGGGCAUUGGCUUAGUGCUUCAGCCCACGCUCGUUGGUAUGUACGCAAACGGUCGUAGCGAAGAUCGUGCUGUUACAACAGGGCUGCGCAACUUUAUUCGCACUAUUGGUGGAGCGUUCGGUCUUGUCAUUUCUGGAGUCAUCCUGUCGAACACGCUCAGUCAUCACUUGUCGCAAAGAGGCUUCGUGUCAGAAAGUCUGAUGAGUCAGUUAACUUCCUCCACUUAUAACCUCGAUGGUUUUGGCCUCACAAAAACCCAACAAGAUGUCGUUUUCAACGUCUACAUGCUAGGUCUGCAUUACAUCUUCAUCUUCUUUACAGUGUGCUCAGGCGUGAGCUUAUCACUGACCUUUUGGGUUGGGAACACGAGUUUGAAAGCACCGAAGAAGAUGGACGAGGAAGAAGCGGCGGCAACAAGCGUAAAUGGAGAUGCGCUUGAGCAGAUAGCCAUCCAUGGUGAAGAAGUUGAGAGCGAAGAGAAUGCAUCCAAUGAGAAGGAAGCAAAUAUAGGCAGAGACACAAAGAACAAAAGCGCUUCAUAA